AUGAGCACCCAGAGAACCGACACGAGCAAUCGCCGCCUCAGCAGCCAUGGCCACGGCGGCCUCAACGAGACUUCGCCCCUGCUGCCCGACGCACCUCGAACCCACGACUGCCCCGGCAAGCUCGACGACGAAGCAUUCACAUGGAAGUCCGAGUUCUGGCUCAUGUGCCGCUCCGUUGGCCCGCUCAUCAUCACCUACCUCCUCCAAUACUCCUCCAACGUCAUCACCACCAUCGUCGCCGGCCGCCUGGGCGCCGAGGACCUCGCCGCCGCCAGCAUCAGCCUCACCGCGAUGGCCAUCCCCGGCUUCGCGCUCUUCGAGGGGAUGGCCACGGCGCUCGACACGCUCUGCGCCCAGGCCUACGGCUCCGGCCACCGAACGGGCGUCGGCCUACAUAUCCAGCGCAUGCUGCUCCUAAUGGCCGUCGCCAUCGUGCCCGUCGGCGCGCUGUGGAUGUGCGCCCCGUGGAUCCUCCCUCUCGUCGUGCGCCAGGAGUUCCUCCCUGUCAAGGCCAGCGCCUUCCUGCGGGUCAGUGUCGCGGGGCUGCCGGGGUAUGCGUUCUUCGAGGCCGGCAAGCGGUUUCUACAGGCGCAGGGCGACUUCAACACCGCUCUGCUCGUUCUGAUUCUGUGCGCCCCCGUCAAUGCUCUGCUCAGCUGGCUCUUCGCCAUCAAACUCGGCAUGGGACUGCAAGGAGCUGCGCUGGGACAGGCGUUGGCUAACAACCUCCGCCCGAUCCUGCUGCUGGGCCUGAUCGUCUUCUUCAGGAAGUGGUCCCACGAGUGCUGGGGAGGGUGGUCGAGGAGUUGCCUGCGUGAAUGGGGCCCGAUGGUGCGUCUCUCCGUCGCGGGAUCCAUCGUCAUUUUGGCUGAGUGGAUGGCCUUUGAGAUUCUGUGCGUGAGCACGUCCUACAUUGGCACCGAGUACCUGGCGGCGCAGUCUGUUCUCGUGACGGUGGCAAUCAUCAUGUGGCAUGUCCCCUUCUCCAUUAGCAUUGCCGUCACGACCCGGAUUGGGAACCUCAUAGGAGGGGGCGCCGUCCAGUUGGCUCGGCGGGCAGCUGUCAUGUACUCGAUCGUCUUCGUUGGCGCUGGUCUUCUGGUUGGCACGCUGUUAUUCGUGUUGCGGAACGAGCUGGCUUUUGUAUUUUCCAAAGAUUCGGUCGUGCGGGAGAUUGCAACAGGAUCGAUGUUCACAGUAUCGAUCUUCCACACUCUGGAUGCCAUUAGCUGUGGCUGCAACGGUAUGAUGCGCGGUUUGGCCCGUCAGUCUGUCUCGGCCUGGGUCGUCAUGUUGGUCAACUACCUCGGCGCUGUUCCGUUGGCCCUGUGGCUCGAGCUGGGUGCCCCCCACCUCAAGCUGAAUGGGUUGUGGAUGGGAUACGGAUGCGGAUUGCUGCUGACGGCGGUCCUGCAGUGUGGUUACAUGAAGUGGCUUCGUUGGGCUGAUUUGAUCGAGGAUGUGAGGAAGAGAGAGGCCGAGGAAACAUGA